AUGCACCUGUCCAGCCACCUUGACGAUGAUGCUAAAUGGUCCAUUGCUUCCUUAGUUUCCUGCACUGGCGCUCGUCCAUUUCCGUCGACAAAUGAUGCCCUGUCUGUUACAUUGGUCGGUUUCGACCUCGACUAUAUCUGGAAAAUUCGAAAUAAUGUUCCCGCAGAGAAAACGGGUUUUCAAGCUGCCGCCAAAUUAAACCCGUUCUCUCGCAGUGUACUUUCAUUGCCCUAUCUGACUGCCGUAAAUAGCGUCAUUGAAAGAUUUGUCGUUUUCCAGCUUGUCAAACGCUACCCCCUAAUUUUUGGCCCUUGGUGUCAGGGUACAUCAACUAUUUGCAUCCCAGAAGACGUGGGAGACGCGGUUCUGCUUGAACAUGAAGUUGACGACAAAAAUGAGAUCGACUUUGUCUCCUCGUUAAGCUCUUCUGGGAUUCUGGAAUCGUACUCUGAGCAAUACAAUUUCGACUCGGACGGGGGGUAUUCAUAUCGAGAAUCUAUGCACCAGAAAUCUAGCGAGCACACAUGGCCUCACUUUGAAUUUGCUUUGGCGCCGCCCGUUUUCUCCUCAGAGGAGAAACGCAUGAAUGAAGAUGGGAUCGAAGACGACAGGCAUCUCAAUUCUAGGACUGAAGAUAAUGAUAAUGACUCUGAGCUCCGAGAUCGUCUAGGGUCGCAAUACACUUUUAGGUGGUAUAAAAACUAUGCUACCUCGGCGGAACUUGAUCUUGGAGACGCCGACAUUUCUAGCAGUUAUUGUGACUGGUCAGGCGAUGAUGAAGAUGAAGUCGAAGGCUCUCAGGAGAAGCUUAAUUUUGCAUCCAUGGGAAUACCACUUGCUUCCAAUACCGAUAAUUUGCAGCCGCAUAAUUUGCCUAGGUCAAGAUUGGCUAGAAUUGACGAGAUCCGCCUGGACCAUGUAUGUCUUGUGUCCAGAGGCCACCAAGGAUCCCGCGCUUGGUUAUCACAAAUCCAAAAGGAAGACGCGAAUGCAAAUCACGGAAAUUGCUUGUUUGCCGACGUGGAUGUGGACAUGGAACAGUUUGCUUGUGGGGCCAACUUCGACACAAAGGCGAAAGACAACGGGAAGAGUGUUGAAGCCCGCUCUGCAGCCCUGCACCUGGAUUACGAUUUUGGUCCGAACUACAUACCCCUCGAUUACGAGGGGAGCCCCCCUCAUGCGGUUGCUUUAUCUCUAGGGAAGAAUAACAGUACCAUAACACUGGGGAGUCAGGAGCGCGUGCCCACCACUAUCUCACUCUCAGCGGAAAGCGACUCUUCUUUUAGCACCCAGCAGGAAUUGGUGGAUCGCACUUGUGAGCAAGAAGGGUUCCGCAAAGCUCCAAGUGACAAUGGAUUUUUUGCUAUUGAGUUCGACUAG